AUGGCAUACCCUACCACCCCCUCCACAGCUACCGACCUCCUCACCUCCCUUCCCGACAAGUUUGAGCGUGCCCGCUCAAGCGGAGAGCUCCUCUUCUUCGAAAGCAGCUCGAAAGACGUCCACUCUGGCGGUCGAAGGUUCAACGUCCGAUGUUGCCCUGCCCUACAAGACAAGGCGAAAGCCAAGGCGGAAGCGCUCGCCUCUGUCGGCGCAGAGCCUCAGCCCAAGCGCCAAAAACAAGAACAAAAGUCAGAAGGGGCCGAAGGGGAACCGUUCCGCCCGCCCUAUAUCCCAGAGCUGUACGUCGGGUGUCUAGACGGCCUGGAGAAGGAAGAGGGCAUGUCCAUACUCCUCAAUAAAUACGCACUACUACCCAACCAUAUCCUCCUUUGCCCACCUACCUCCCAGCCCCAAUCGCUCCCUCCUACGCCACAUCAGCUCGCCCUCGCCUAUACCGUCCUGGUCGCUUCCGCCCGGCACCCUACGCGCCCGCGCAAACUGCUCGCAUUCUAUAAUGGCGGACCCGGGGCGGGCGCCAGUCAAACAUGGCGCCAUCUACAAUUUAUCGAGAUUGGGUCAGAGUCGACGCUGCCGCUCGAAGAAUGGACAAGGGAGAUCACGUUCGAACGGACCGACCGGGCCCUCGUUCAUCCCACGCUGCCCUACCUGCACAUUACGCACCCGCUGGCGUUCCCAGGCCUCAAGCUGCCGCUGCAGGGGGACGACGAGGAGAAGCUCGUGGAUGCGCUCGCGCCGGCGUUGAUGCAGUGUCUGGAUCUGGGGAUCGAUGCGGUCAGGAGAGGGAAUGGGAGGCAAGAUGGGGGCUGGAACUUGCUGAUGACUCUUGACCACCUGCACCUCGUCCCCCGAUCCGCACCGUCGUUCCCGCUCGCAGACUCGUCGCUCGAGCUCAAUUCGCUCGGAUACGCAGGGAUGCUCCUCGUCCGAUCCGAAGAGGAAGAAGCGGCCUUGACAGCCGCGACGCAGGAGAAGGGGUUAGUGUCUGCACUCGAAGCAUGCGGGGUACCGCGUCAGUGGGGUGAGGACGCAGUGAGAGCGGCAGAGGCGGUCCAGGGACACGCUGAGUGGUCUUGA